GAGACAAUGGCAGCAAAAAGAGUUGUGGUGAUUGGCGCUGGAGUCAGCGGACUUAGUGCCAUUAAGAGCUGUCUGGAGGAGGGCCUCCAGCCUACCUGUUUUGAAGGGAGUGAUGAUAUUGGGGGAUUGUGGAGAUAUGAGGAGAAGACCGAAGAUGGCAGACCAAGUAUCUAUAAAUCUGCCACCAGCAACACUUCCAAGGAAAUGACCGCCUACAGUGAUUACCCUUUCCCAGAUCAUCAGCCCAACUACCUGCACAAUUCCAAAAUCGUGGAAUACCUCCAGAUGUUUGCCAAGCACUUUCAUCUCAGGAAACACAUCCGCUUUCUGUCGAAAGUGUGCAGUGUGAGGAAGCGCUCUGACUUCUCCUCCACGGGACAGUGGGAUGUUGUGGUAGAGACGGAAGGGAGGCAAGAAUCCUAUGUCUUUGAUGGGGUCAUGGUGUGCACUGGCCUUUACACCAAUCCUGUCUUACCACUCCAGACCUUUCCAGGGAUCAAGAAGUUCAAGGGUCAAUAUAUGCACAGUUGGGAAUACAAGAGUCCGGAGAAGUUUCAGGGGAAGAGAAUCGUCGUGGUCGGUAUAGGAAAUUCUGGAGCUGACUUGGCAGUUGAACUCAGUCAUGUAGCCGCACAGGUGUUCCUAAGCACAAGGCGAGGCGCAUGGAUUUGGAACCGCGUCUGGGAUUAUGGGAUGCCCAUGGACACCAGCCUCUUCACUCGCUUUAACUCUCUCUUCAACAAAUUCUGCCCAGCAUUUCUAAUCAACAGAUGGACAGAGAAUAAAUUAAAUGCACGAUUUAACCACCACAUUUAUGGUUUGCAACCACAGCACAGAUUUCUGAGCCAUCAAGCUACUAUCAGCGAUGAUCUACCCAACCGCAUAAUUUCCGGAAGGGUUUUGAUGAAACCAAAUGUGAAAGAAUUUACUGAGACAUCCGCCAUCUUUGAAGAUGACACAGAAGAAGAUAUCGAUGUUAUCAUCUUUGCCACAGGAUACACUUUUUCUUUUCCUUUUUUGGAAAGAAAUUCAACAAUUCUGGACAGCCAUAGCUCCAUGUUUAAAUAUGUCUUCCCGCCUCAUCUGGAGAAGCCAACACUCGCUUUCAUCGGCAUCCUCCAGCCCGUAGGAGCCACCAUUCCCACAUCAGAACUCCAGAGCCGAUGGGCUGCACGUGUAUUCAAGGGGCUAAACAAACUACCUUCAGUGAGUGACAUGGUGGCAGACAUAACAAAGAAGAGGAAAAAAAACGAGAAACAAUUCCUGACUAAUCCCCGAGACACGCGCAGAGUGCAGUAUGUGGAUUACAUGGAUGAGAUCGCCUCGGAAAUCGGAGUGAAGCCCAACCUUCUCUCGCUCUUCCUCUCAGACCCAAAGCUGGCCAUGGAGGUUUUCUUUGGCCCCUGCACCCCUUACCAAUACCGCCUGCGGGGUCCCGGGAAAUGGGCCGGGGCCCGGGGAGCCAUCCUGACCCAGAGAGAGCGGAUCAUCAAGCCCAUGAGGACGCGCGUCCUCAGCCAGCCUCCCUCCUCCGUGCCCCGGUGGCUGAAGGCUCUCUGUGUUGGUCUUCUCUUUAUUCUCUUUUUAGCUGUCAUGAAAGGGUCCUCUCCCGUGGUCACUAAGUAG